GAUUCACUCGUUGAGUUUUAAACGACUUCAACUCCCACACGUUGCUCACCACGCCUUCACUUUCUCGUUCAAGCAUCAAAUACACAGCUAUACAUCUCUCUCUCUCAACUGCUUUGGUGACUUCCGUUAACUCGAUACCAAUCCUCUCUGUUUCUACUUCCUUUUACACCAUUUCAUUUACCCCCGCCCCCCAAUUGGGAAAAACACAACUGCAUUUACGCAAGACACACACACAUACCAACAAGCAGAGCAAUGUCGUGCGCUUACCGCGUGUUUGUGCUCACCGUUCUGAUGCUGCUGACGGCGUGCGCCACCUGCGCGAACCUCUUCGCUAUCUUCCGUAAGCCGCAGCUCACGGUGGCCGGCGUCACGACGAGGGACAGCUACUACUACUGGUACUCCGAGCUCUCCGCCGUCGGCCCGAUCGAGACGAACACGCGGCGCAUCUACUCCCGCGACUUCGAGUGCGAGGCGGAGAAGAACUACUUCAUCGCGUCGGCCGCGCUGGCGGUCGGGGGCGCCGGCCUUGGCGGUCUGGCGUGCGUGUUCAUGGCCUGCUGGGUCAGCGCCGGCCGCCGCGUCGCCCUCGGUGUGGUGAGCCUUCUUCUCACCUUCUUCGCCUUUGCGUGCUGCGUCGUGGUGGUGAGCCUAACGUCCUACCUCUUCGUGAAUGCCCAGUGCAAGGACGGCGCGGCGGACAAGAAGACCUUCGAGCAGCAGGACUACAUGCUGGUGGAGGGGUUCAUCCUCAUGGCGGUGGCAGCCGGCGGCUUCUUGAUUAUGCUGUUUGUGCAGCUCAUCGGUCUCUGCUGCAUGUGCUGCUGCAACGGCGACAACUACGACGACGUGUCACGCGGCUUCAGCAGCCACUCCUCCAAGUCCAGCUCGCGCAGCGGGAGCUUCAGCCGCAACACCUCUCGCGGCGGCUCGUACCGCCACUAG